GAUAGCGCGCCUGCGCAGAGCGGAGGUCCCGCCCUUUCUAACGGCGCCCGCCUCCCCCGCUUAUACCGCGCCCCCUGCGCCCGGCCGGCCCGGCUGGAGCGCUCCUCGACGGCCGCCGCAGCCAUGUUCAGCUGGGUGAGCAAAGACGCUCGGCGCAAGAAGGAGCCGGAGCUGUUCCAGACGGUGGCGGAGGGGCUGCGCCAGCUGUACGCGCAGAAGCUGCUGCCCCUGGAGGAGCACUACCGCUUCCACGAGUUCCACUCGCCCGCCCUGGAGGACGCCGACUUCGACAACAAGCCCAUGGUGCUGCUGGUGGGCCAGUACAGCACCGGCAAGACCACCUUCAUCCGCCACCUCAUCGAGCAGGACUUCCCCGGCAUGCGCAUCGGGCCGGAGCCCACCACCGACUCCUUCAUCGCCGUCAUGCACGGCGCCACCGAGGGCGUCGUGCCGGGAAACGCGCUCGUCGUCGACCCCCGGAGACCCUUCCGCAAGCUCAACGCCUUCGGGAACGCCUUCCUCAACAGGUUCAUGUGUGCCCAGCUGCCCAAUCCGGUCUUGGAGAGCAUCAGCAUCAUCGACACCCCAGGCAUCUUGUCUGGAGAGAAGCAGCGCAUCAGCAGAGGGUACGACUUCGCAGCGGUACUGGAGUGGUUCGCCGAGCGGGUGGACCGCAUCAUCCUGCUCUUCGACGCCCACAAGCUGGACAUCUCGGAUGAGUUCUCGGAGGUGAUCAAGGCCCUGAAGAACCACGAGGACAAGAUCCGCGUGGUGCUGAACAAAGCGGACCAGAUCGAGACGCAGCAGCUGAUGCGGGUGUACGGGGCCCUCAUGUGGUCCCUGGGCAAGAUCAUCAACACGCCCGAGGUGGUGCGCGUCUACAUCGGCUCCUUCUGGUCCCACCCCCUGCUCAUCCCCGACAACCGCAAGCUGUUCGAGGCCGAGGAGCAGGACCUCUUCAAGGACAUCCAGUCGCUGCCCCGGAAUGCCGCCCUCCGCAAGCUCAACGACCUGAUCAAGCGGGCCCGGCUGGCCAAGGUACACGCCUACAUCAUCAGCUCCCUCAAGAAAGAGAUGCCCAAUGUGUUUGGCAAAGAGAGCAAGAAGAAGGAGCUGGUCAACAACUUGGGGGAGAUCUACCAGAAGAUCGAGCGUGAGCACCAGAUCUCGCCGGGGGACUUCCCCAACCUGCGCAAGAUGCAGGAGCAGCUGCAGACCCAGGACUUCAGCAAAUUUCAGACGCUGAGGCCCAAGCUGCUGGACACGGUGGACGACAUGCUGGCCAACGACAUCGCCCGCCUCAUGGUCAUGGUGCGCCAGGAGGAGGCCCAGAUGCCCAGCCAGGCGGUCAAGGGCGGCGCCUUCGAGGGCACCAUGAACGGCCCCUUCGGCCACGGCUACGGGGAAGGGGCCGGCGAGGGCAUCGACGACGUCGAGUGGGUGGUGGGCAAGGACAAGCCCACCUACGACGAGAUCUUCUACACCCUGUCGCCCGUCAACGGCAAGAUCACCGGCGCCAGCGCCAAGAAGGAGAUGGUCAAGUCCAAGCUGCCCAACACGGUCCUGGGGAAGAUCUGGAAACUGGCAGACGUGGACAAGGACGGGCUGCUGGACGACGAGGAGUUCGCCCUGGCCAACCACUUGAUCAAGGUCAAGUUGGAAGGGCACGAGCUGCCCGCCGACCUGCCCCCUCACCUGGUACCGCCCUCCAAGCGGAGGCAUGAGUGACCGCCCCCUCCCUCUUCCCGCCUCCCCGCUUCCCGCUGUUUCUUCCCCCCACCCCCAAACCUCCCCAUCACACACCCGGGGCUGGGGGCGAUGUCACCAUUCUAAGGGCUGGCGGUUCCAUGAAGACCCCUGGUGGAUGCCCUUUUGCAGCUCUUGAAAGGAAAGGCCACCUUACUUUCAUUUUUUUUUUUUUUCUCUUUUUUGGAAGCCUAUUUCCAGGCCCGGGAGGGGGGCGACCACUGUAAAUGUUGGAACCUGUGCACAAGAACUAUGGAUAUUUUUUUAAUAUGGCGCUAGAGGCAGUAUUCUUUCUCACCCUGUCCUGGAGACCUCGUCCUCAGGCCGACCCACCCACACACACCCACACACGCCCUGGUCUCCGCAGAACCAAGGCUCCCGGCUUCCCCUCCCUCCCUCCCGGACAGCCUGUCGGGGGAGAUCGUGACUUCUACACCCACACGGCGCUGUCCCCCUACCCCAACCCAGGCAAGCGGAAGCAGUGGAUUGUGUGCCUGGCCACCUCUGUUCACAUGUUAGCGUGGGGGGUGGCCGGCGCUUAGAACAGACUCUAACCUGCUGAACCCCCUUCCUUCCUUCCUUCCUUCCUCCGGUUUUUGGCCCCAUCUGGUGCCCGUGCCUUCACACCCCGUCCUCGGAGCAGCGGCAGGAGCCCCCACCCCCGCCGGGGCUUCCAGAAGUCUUCUUCCUGAGCACCGUCCACCAGCGGGAGGAAACGCUCCACCGCAGGGCUUUCAACGGCCCAGGCGGCGUCCGCUCGGUUCUCCGCCCGACCGGGGACCUAUCCCCGGGGCGGCGGCCUCACGGCCCGGUGGGGAGUGGGGUGUGGGUGUGGACUCCUGGCCCGCCGAAACUCACCCUCCAGAACGUGGCCUGGGCACAGCCUGUCCGUGGGCACCGCCAGUUUGGGGAUCCCGUUGGGCCCUCGGCCUCCUUUGGACAAACCCUGGGCUCUCUUCGGGUUUGCCUUCCCUCACUUUCCCCCACCCCCGGUAUGUGUCACCAGCACCCACUUUCCCCAGGACUUUCCAGCAGUUGGGCGGCGCCCGACCCACUCCGAGCCCCUUUCGGUGGCACCUCAAAUCUGGGAUCUGUAGUCGCUCCGGAGGGGAGGGAUCGGAGGUGUUCUGCAUGCGGGGCAGGGCGGGGGUGGGUCCGAGGGAGCUGCCGGCUGAGGCCCGGGGCUCCGGGGCAAGCAUCCCAUCGCUCCCGUCACCAGUUGCCCGGGCCGCGUCGGCCACCUCUGCCGUGUCGGCUCCUAGGAGUGGUUGUGUUACCUCCAGAGACCCCAACCUCAACCACAGGUCCCACUGUCAGGGGUCGGAUGCGGACGGAAGCGGCCGACUCCCACCGACUCCCAGGGCCGCCAUCUGUUCAGAGGGGCACUAUCUUAUUUAUACUCACCUGUGAAAAUCUGAGUUUUGAGAACAUUCCCCCCCCCCCCCUUGCAUUAAAAAAGUUGAAAUGGUGCCAAA